GCUUAAUUGGCUGUGAGCCCUAUGGGUGGUGCAUUCGCGUGCCAGGGAUAUGCAAACAAAGCUCCGAGGCUCGCUGAUUCCCGUCAAUUCGGAUGACGCCAAGUGGGAGAUUAUUCGACGAUUUGAGUCCACCCCGUACCGCGCUCAUUCACUCGACCGCAGCCUACCCGGACCCGCCCUGGUUUUCCACCCUCCAGCUCUCUUCCCCGUUCACCAUGCAUUUACACCCACUUUUAACUUCACGCAGCACGCUACUCGGGUCGGUCCGUUGGAUUCUUGGCUGAACGCGCUGCGCGCCGGGCAAUCUCCUGGACCCAGAUUCUGAGAGAUCCGCCGCUCCGCGCCUCUCACCAGCGCUUGCCUGCGCGCACACCACCGACACUACCUGCAGGCCGGAGGGCGGAACGGUCGCGAACAUGUUCGCCGGUCACAUCAUGACCGCAGGGCGCUGGGUGAGGGAUCAUACGCCGGGCUUCUUCGCUGCAUUCAGGCCGAAGAUGAACUUUAUAACUCUGCAUUAUACGUACAUCAUCGUCAUGACCAUCAUUGGCUCCAUCAUCAUGUACGGCUCCAGAAACAUGGACUACAUUGAUGCGCUCUUCUUCGCGAGUGGAGCCGCAACACAGAGUGGGCUGAACACAAUCGACGUCAACCAGCUGCAUCUGUACCAGCAAGUCGCGGUUAUGCUCAUCACCUGCACCUGCACGCCCAUCUUCAUCAACACGUUCGUCGUCUUCAUCCGCUUGUACUGGUUCGAGAAGCGAUUCCAGAGCGUAGUGCUCGAAGCCCGCAGCAUGCGCGCCACCCGCACCCGCACUCUCUCUAAGAGGAAGAGCCAGAUGAAGGAGGAGCACAACAGGCACGUGGGCGACGAGGAGCGCGCCGUGGGCAAUCGCCAAAUCAAUGUCAAGCGGACCGCCAGCGGAUUUGCCGAAGGCGGGGUGAUUGAGGACGAACACGCUUUCCAGGAAUCCAACGGCACUGCCGGCAUUGCCCCCCGCAAGGCCCCGAGCUCCACCGAUGACGACGAUGAUGUCGACCCCCUUGACACGCGGAACGUGCCGGCUCAGACCCAGAACAUUGUAUGGGCUGACACCGUCAAGACGCCGUUACAACGUCGCGAGUCCGAUGUCGUCGAUGAGCCCUUGCCCAAGCCAGACAAAGAGAAGAGUAUUGCCUUUGUGCAAACCCAGCGCCACAGACAUCCGACAGAGGGCACCCUACGCAUUCCUGGACCUCGGGAUUUUGAUCGAGGACUGUUGCCGGAACGAGUCACGGAGGACUUGACACGGGAAGUGACCCGGGCAUCUCACGAAGACGACCCGCGAUUUGCGCCGCGACGAUCUCGUUCCAUGAGCGUUAGCGAAGCGAACGGAGACGCACCUCACUUCAGAAACCACAUCACCUUCGAUGGCCCUGCGCGCCCAGCGACUGGUGCAUCCGUGUACAGGAAGCCAGACCCAGAUGCACUCCAUCCCAACAUGCAGUUUCGCAACCGAUCGAAGUCUCGAACAUUCGCUAGCUUCUUCACCAAAGACAAAGACGAGGAAGAAGAGGAUCCCAUGCCCUACCUCAGUUGGGCACCUACGAUAGGACGUAACUCGAACUUCGUUGAUUUGACAGAAGAGCAGCGAGAGGAGCUUGGAGGCAUUGAGUACCGUGCUCUGAAGCUCUUAGCCGUUAUCCUCGUCAUCUACUUCGUCGGCUUCCAUCUUCUGGGAAUGGUCUGCCUGACACCAUGGAUCACACGAGACGCGCAUUACACGAAAGUGGUUGAGGAUGUCAACGUCAGUCCUGUCUGGUGGGGAUUCUUCACGCCAGCAUCAAUGUUCAACGAUCUUGGCUUCACUUUGACUCCAGACUCGAUGAUCUCUUUCCAGUUCGCUAUACUACCCCUACUGUUGGGCACAUUCCUCAUCAUCAUUGGAAACACCGGCUUUCCAUGCAUGCUCCGCUUCGUCAUUUGGCUGACAUCCAAGUUCACACCCAAGGGCAGUGGUGUCUGGGAAGAACUGCGAUUUCUGCUUGACCAUCCCCGUCGAUGCUUCACUCUGCUGUUUCCCAGCAAAGCCAAUUGGUGGCUUUUUGCCGUGUUGAUCGGGUUGAACGGCAUCGAUUUGAUCUUCUUCAUCAUCCUCGAUCUGAACGACCCAACCGUAACGGUCUUACCACCUGCGUUCCGAUUCCUCGAUGGCCUUUUCCAGGCCGCCGCAACCCGCACAGCUGGGUUCGCGGUGGUCAACAUCGCCGAACUGCACCCAGCCAUCCAAGUCAGCUACCUGGUUAUGAUGUAUAUUUCAAUCUUCCCAAUCGCCAUGUCCAUGCGGCAAACCAAUGUUUACGAAGAGAAGUCUCUCGGCGUAUGGGCUGAUGAUGACGACGACGGCACGCCGUCCAGCUACCUAGGUCACCACUUGCGUCGUCAGCUGUCUUUCGAUUUAUGGUUCGUCUUUUUGGGUUUCUUCCUGAUCGCUAUCGUCGAGGGAAGUCGCUUGGAGAACACAAAUGACUUCGCUUUCACCCUCUUCUCUGUGCUCUUCGAGAUCGUCUCUGCCUACGGAACUGUCGGGCUCAGCCUCGGCUACCCAGGCGUCAACACCUCUUUUUCGGGGGAGUUCAAAACGCUCUCCAAGCUCAUCGUGAUCGCCAUGCAGAUCCGUGGUCGCCAUCGUGGUCUCCCCUACGCUCUGGAUCGCGCUAUUCUACUCCCAUCUGAGACUCUGCAUCAGAAGGAGAACGAGGAUGCAACGAGACGUAUGAACAUGCGCCGCAACAGCGCCGCUGUGGGUGCUUUCGACGGACCUGAAGGCUUGACACGUCAAGGAACGGGGAUGAGUAGAAGAAGCAGCAUUUCCAGCCACCGUCCUUCUGCCGCGGACCGCUUGAGGCCGAAGCAGCUCAAGCGCAUCUUGUCUGGAGCUUUCAGCGCUGGGCCUAGCGCGCCGAGGCGCAAGGAGCACUAGAGUCUUUUUUUCGGGAGGCGUUCAGUAUAUACGAAAACGUGGGCGGCGCAUAGAUUUGUAGCGGGUUUGCAAUGUCUUUCGGUGUGAUUUUAGUCGUGUGUACAUGAAGGAUACGCCUGCCAUGAUACAAUACAAGCUCGUGCUUUCAACAUCCGAAUAAUUGCGUGUUACACAUAAUGACCACCCAAAGCAGUCUCACUUUCGAGCAGC